AGUUUCGGGGUGAGCUCCUGAAUCAGCGGUGGACGCGAGGCGAGAGGAUCAGCCGCUGCCAGCCCACACAGAGGCCCAUGUGCUUUGUGAAGCAGCUGGAAGUACCUCACUAUGGGCAGUACAGGCCCAAUAUGGUGCCUGCCACACCUCGUGCCAACCUGGCCAAGGAGCUGGAGAAGUACUCCAAGGUCUCCUUUGAUUAUGCAAGCUUCGACUGUCAGGUGUUUGGGAAACGCAUGCUUGCUCCAAAGAUACCGACCAGCGAAGCCUCACCCAAAGCCUUCAAAUCUAAACUCUCGUCCCCCAAGUCUUCUUCUCCCAGCCUCAGCCUGCAUGGAGGUUUUGGAAAGACUGCCUCCUCUUCUGCCUACGACUACUCCCAUGAAGCCCAGGCAGCCCACAUGGCUGCCACCGCUAUCCUAAACCUGUCCACUCGCUGCUGGGAGAGGCCUGAGAACCUGAGCACCAAGCACCAGGACCUGGCUAGCAAGAGCAUGGACAUCGAGGUGGACGAGAAUGGGACUCUUGACCUGAGCAUGAAGAAGCCCGUCAAACGUGAGGGCACCAGCCCUGGGGUAUGUUCCCCGGACCCCUCCUCUUCCUCUUCCUCCCUGCACCCCGGAGGCAACAGUGGCAUGACCUCGCCCCACACGGGCCACGCCUACAAACAGGAACACUGGGAGGAGCCUCUGGACUACACCAAACCGAACCGCCAACGGGAGGAGGAUACAGAGGAGCUGGAGCACCACACAGCGCGGUCGUUUGCCUCGUCCGACCCUGAGGACAUGGACCUGAUGCAGGACUACCCCGAGGAGCGGAAGUACCCUGGAGAGGUCACAACCCCAAACUUCAAGGUCCAGUUCCAACAGCCAAAGGAUUGCAAGAAAGAUGUGCUCCUGUGCCCCACUCCUGGCUGUGACGGCAGUGGCCACAUCACUGGAAACUAUGCAUCCCAUCGCAGUCUGUCUGGGUGUCCUCUUGCUGAUAAGAGUCUUCGGUCCCUCAUGGCGACCCACUCUGCUGAACUCAAGUGCCCCACUCCAGGAUGUGAUGGUUCAGGACAUAACACUGGAAAUUACGCCUCCCACAGAAGUUUGUCUGGGUGCCCCCGUGCCAAGAAAGGUGGAUUAAAAACAUCUCCCACCAAGGACGACAAGGAGGACUCCGAGCUCUUAAAAUGCCCUGUGCCUGGCUGUGACAGCCUGGGUCACAUCAGUGGGAAGUAUGCCACACAUCGCAGUGCCUAUGGGUGCCCGCUGGCUGCCCGCAGGCAGAAGGAGGGGCUGCUCAACGGUAACCCUUUCUCCUGGAAGGCCUUCAAGACAGAGGCCCCUACCUGCCCCACCCCCGACUGCGAUGGAUCAGGACACGCCAACGGCAGCUUUCUCACACACCGCAGUCUCUCUGGCUGUCCCAGAGCCUCCUUUGCCAAGAAGAAAGCCAAGUUCCCUGGAGAGGAGUACCUGAGCACCAGGUUCCGGGCCAGUGACGUUCUGGAUAAUGACGAAGACAUCAAGCAACUCAACAAGGAGAUCAAUGAGCUCAACGAGACCAACAACGAGAUGGAGACAGACAUGGUGAACCUGCAGACACAGAUCUCAUCCAUGGAGAAGAACCUGAAGAACAUUGAGGAGGAGAACAAGCUGAUUGAGGAGCAGAACGAGGCUCUCUUCAUGGAGCUAUCUGGCCUCAGCCACGCCCUGAUCCGCAGCCUGGCCAACAUACGUCUCCCACACAUGGUGAGUUAA